UCCUCGAACAAACAACAAUGGCAGUUUCAACCUCAUUUUCUCUCUCAAAACUUCACUUUCUUCCAAAACAAAAACAAACCCAAUUCACCUUAUCAACUAAAGCUCCAAACUUUCUCUUCUUUUCAAGAAAAAGAGCCCAAUUUCCAGCACCCAUUAUCAGUAUUCCAUCUCAGAACUUGAAAUAUAAUGCUGCCAUUGUUUUGGGUGUCACUGGACUUGGUUUUACAUUGUUAAAUGUGGGACCUGCCUCUGGUUCUGAAUUGGCUUUAAUGGGUUCUUCAUUCCAAUUUAAUGAACCCUCAAAUGCUCUCUCAUUACACACUUGGGCUAGUCAUGUUUCUAGUGUUGUUGAGUGGGUAACUGCUAUGGCUCUGGUUUGGCAAUAUGGGGAGAAGUCAGGUUAUGAAUCUUGGAAGGGACUCUCCUGGGCUAUGGUAUCAUCAACCAAGAUGCAAAAUUUGUUCUUGUGGCUUUUAACCUACCUAAAUGACAUUGCUGUCCAACUGUGAAAUGCUUCAUAGAGAGCGCCAGAGCGGCAGCAGAAAACAUGUACAUGUGACACAGGUUGUUGAGGUUACGCUCCCAUCACAGUGCUACUGUUAUAUAGUUGGUGGCCAUCUAUGGAGUUUAGAACUUCUUUCUCUUCAGGUUUCCUUUUUCACUUUCAUACCUUUCCCAUCUCACGGCUAAGAUAGUUCAAAAGUCUAAAUUUUGUUGAUUUUGAUUAUUGAAUUUCUUUCUAAAUUUAGAAGUCAUUCACAAAGAGAGUUUUUCAGGUUGCGAGAAUAUAUUCUUUUCAUAACAAACUGAUGUGUUUUAUUUGAUUGGUCAUUCUGAGUUAUGACUUCAUGUAUCUCUUCGAUCGUUUAGCUCCUGUAUUCCUUUCCCCCCAUCUUUGUAUCUGGUUCCUUUGUUUUUUGCUCUGUUGUUGGCUCGUAAAUGAUGUUUUUUGUUUAUUUGUCAUGUUGAAUUAUCCCUUUAUUAUUCUCUUUGAUCAUUUAUCACUUAUCUCCAUUACUUUUUCCCCAUUUGUGCGUCUUGUUGGCUUGUAAUUUUCUUAAUUGGUCGUGUUGAAUUAUCACUUUAUGAUUCUCUUCGAUCAUUUUGCACGUAUCUCCAUUUCUUUUUUCCCCAUCCUUGCGUCUUGUUGGCUCAUAAGUGACUUCAUUACG